AUGACACGCGUGUAUCUCGAUUAUAAUGCUACGACGCCUGUGGAGCCCGCCGUAAUGCAGGCAUUACUGCCAUAUUUUGGUCCACAAUUUGGCAAUGCGUCUUCAACUUAUGCACUUGGACAAAACGCUAAGAAAGCGGUGGAGAUGGCACGUACCCAAGUGGCAUCAAUGUUGGGCGCCUCUGACUCGAAUGAAAUUGUCUUUCUUUCAGGUGGUACCGAGUCAAUUAAUUAUGCAAUCAAAGGGUCAGCACUUGCAGCAAAACGUACGAGUGGACGUAACCACAUUGUCACGUCUAGCGUCGAGCAUGUGGCGGUGCUGGAGACGUGUAAAUGGUUGGAGACACAGGGAUUCCAAGUCACAUACCUGCCUGUAAAUAAUUUUGGCUGUGUCCGGGUACAAGAUGUACUGGAUGCACUUACCGUACAGACGUGUGUGGUGUCCAUUAUGCUUGCUAACAAUGAAGUUGGAUCGUUGCAGCCAGUUGCAGCAAUUUCUCGAGCAGUGCGACAAUUCGUCGAGGACGAGGAGAAUCGGCUACCUAUUGUCGUGCAUACAGACGCCAGUCAAGCGAUUGGUAAAUGA